CGUUCAUACGUGAAACGACAUUUCCGGUCAAAGAUGGCGGCGACCUUGUGCUUCACGUUCUUGCCGAAGCAAGCAGGAUGGCUGCCACUGAGACAGUGUGUUCGCUAUGGCUCCAAGGCUGUCACCAGGCACAGGAAGCCAGUGCAUUUCCUUAAGCAGAAACUGCUGGCUAUUACAGAAUACAUCCCUCCCAAACCUGAGGAAUGUUUCAGAGUGUCCCGCACCAGAGAGACAAAGCAGGACAGCAGAAUGACUGCCUUCAUAAAGAGGGAGGUGCAGGCCACAUUCCAGCAGUCUAAGAUGAUUGUUGUGGUUCAGAACAAUGCCACCACCACUGAGGACAUGCUGCAGCUCAGACACCGGCUUCACAAGCAUGACGUCAGUGUCAAGUUCUUCCCAAACCAGGUAAUGAGAGACUUUCUGUCAGAUUCAAUGCACAAAAACAUGAAGCCCCUGUUCAUUGGCUCCACAGUCCUGUUUGUUAGCAAGGAGCCCAAGUUGAAAGAGGUUCUGCAGAUCCUGAAGAGCUUCCCACAGCUGGUACUGGUUGGAGCUUGUGUGGACGACACGCUGAUGAGCAGGCAGGGCAUAGUGAGCUACUCCAAACUGCCGCCGCUGGCCACGGUUCAGGGGCAGGUCCUGGGUGGCCUCAGUCUGCUGAGCUCCCAGACCUCCUCAAUGCUGCACCGUCACCCUGCCCAUCUGUCCGCUCUUCUCCAGCAGUACCUCAAGCAGCAGGUCAUCGACGGGCCAUCCCAGGAGACUGGACCUGAGGCACAGGACAGUGUAGCAUAAGGGCAGGUCUGGAGGUAUUGGGGGUGCUGAACUCCUGUCCCCAAGACCUGCAGCGAGUGCCAUGUUCCAGGAAGCCUUGGCUCCAUAAUGAUUGAACUUGGACAGCCGGUCACCUGAGAGUCAACUGUGAAUUAUGAUGUUUUCUAAAACUUGCAGGUCUGGUUACUGUGGAGCUGACCUGUGCAGCCCUGCUCUAUGUGGAUGGCUGGUAAUCCUGUGUGUCUUUAUUGUUUGGUUAUGUGCUUAAAGUACCCUGUAAAUAUUUGUGUAGAUUCUGGGUAAAUAAUACAUAAAAAAAACAUGGUGGAUCUUAUUAAAAGGAAUCAACAGCUUUCA